AUGCUGCAGCCUCGAUUAUCCAGAUGUGUAGUGCCUGCGGAUACAUCCCUCACAGCUCUUACAUCGUCGCUGAACUCCCUGAGUUUGUGUUCCAGACACCAAAUCCUCGCGCCCCGGAAGUGUACAAAUUUCGUCCGACAUGCUUCACACGCAGCCCAAGGUCGUGCCAAUGGCCCAACCGACUCUGCAGGACGGCGUCUGGGUGCUAAAAAGUCUGCGUCGGAGUACGUAGCUCCAGGGAACAUCAUAUUCAAACAAAGAGGUACGAAGUGGCAUCCAGGCGAGAAUGUCGGCGUCGGCAAGGACCACACCAUCUACGCACUCGAGUACGGCUACGUUCGAUACUACCGCGACCCUCUCAAGCACCCCAAGAGACGAUACAUUGGCGUCGCGCUCGAGAAGGAAGGCCCAGGCUCACAACUUCCAUUGCCUCGCAAUGCUCCCACGCGAAGACGGCUGGGCAUGUACGCCACGCCCAUCAGACACCCCGACUCCGACAAGGACUUUAUGGAAGCUCACCUGAGCGCGAACAGCCACGUAGCGUUUAAGAACGGCGGAGCCACGCCUACGCCGCCCCCACCGACCAUCAUGCGCGAAGGAACCUACAGAGAAGCAAAUGUCUCGAUUGGCCGGGCCGCAGAGAGGAAGGGCAUCAGUGUCCCGAGAUACGAUCGAUCGGACAGGUGGAUGGCUUGGAGAAAGCGAGCCGCUCGGAUCAAGGCUACCAUGGAAUCCAAGGCGGCCAAAGGCACCAAGAAGUCCAAGGGCAAGAAGUCAAACAAAGGCGCCAAGAUCGGUGGAAAGAAGAGAUAA